AAUAGCUCUGUGAACCAUGGUUCCCAGAGGCAGCGGGCUGCCGACACUAGAAGGGUGCAAAAAUAAUCCAGGUCAGACUCCAGGCUUAGAGUUGCCACCUAGAGAUCACCGCUGCCUGGUCAGUCCAGCGGCUGAAGUCCUGAGCGGACUGGAGCCGAGGCACAAGACUUGACAGUUGUUAUUUACAGAGCUGCGGAGAAGAGACAGGGACUCAUUUCCUUCAUCUCCUGAAGUGCUGGAGCUGGGCUGAGAGCGGUCGCCUUCGGUUCUCAGCCAGGCCAGAGGAGGUCUGUUGGGGAGUGGGAACUGCAGCUAGUGGGGAAAAGCUUCAGGAGUUCGCUAGCGACAAGGAAUAGAAUGUUCCAAGCCGCUCUAAUAAACACAGAAAUUAACUGAAAUCUCGUGAGUCAAUUCAGAGUGGAAAGAACGUAGAAUUGGCGGAAGGAAAGAUGGAAGGAAGGGGAGGCUCUUGGCUUUUGCAUGGAAGUUGAAGGCUUCGAAGGGCAGAGUGAGCAUCGCUCGCUGUGGAGUGUGCACUGUGGGAUGGUGCCGAGUUCCACCCCCCUCUGGGUGCCCAGCACCUCUUCCUGCCUGGAGAGGAAAUCCCACUGAUCUUUAUUUGUGAGUCUCCUCCUAGAAAAAGAAGGCAAAUGUUUUUAUCAUCACUCCUGCAUUUCAAAAAUAAGACCCUGACAGAGUCAAUGCUCUGCGCAAAUACAAGCAACAGCAGCAGGAUGGUCAUCCCUCUUCUCAAUCCUGUCAUCUGGAGUGUCCACAUGACCUGGGUCACUUCUGCGAAGAAUCUCUAAAGCCAGAGUGAAAUUUCCAGUUUCACUCUCCUCCCCCUGCCACAGUCACAGACAUGCUUCAGACAGAGGUGGCUGCAUUAUUCUGCAUCCAGUUAUGCUGCACAGAGCUGAGCCCCAACCAUCUGGAUCAUCAGACAUGUGAAAACACUGAAAAGCGCAUGUUUCCUUUCUUGAGCUUCAACAUAAACGGACUCAAUCCCACCGCCCACUACAACGUGUUCGUGGAGGUGGUUCUGGCCGACCCUAACCACUGGCGCUUCCAGGGGGGCAAGUGGGUGACCUGCGGCAAAGCCGACAAUAACAUGCAGGGCAACAAAAUGUAUGUUCACCCAGAAUCUCCGAAUACUGGUUCCCACUGGAUGAGGCAGGAGAUUUCCUUUGGGAAGUUAAAACUCACCAAUAACAAAGGCGCCAACAACAACAACACACAGAUGAUAGUCCUGCAGUCUUUGCACAAGUAUCAGCCUCGACUGCACAUUGUGGAAGUGACAGAAGAUGGGGUGGAGGACUUGAACGAGCCUUCCAAGACCCAGACCUUCACCUUCUCAGAGACACAGUUCAUCGCAGUGACUGCCUACCAAAACACCGACAUUACUCAGCUAAAGAUCGACCAUAACCCCUUUGCCAAAGGCUUCCGGGACAACUAUGAUUCCAUGUACACCGCUUCAGAAAAUGACAGGUUAACUCCAUCUCCUACGGAUUCUCCUAGAUCCCAUCAGAUUGUCCCUGGAGGUCGGUACGGCGUCCAAAACUUCUUCCCGGAGCCCUUUGUCAACACUUUACCUCAAGCCCGAUAUUAUAAUGGUGAGAGAACCGUGCCACAGACCAACGGCCUCCUUUCACCCCAACAGAGCGAAGAGGUGACCAACCCUCCCCAGCGGUGGCUUGUCACGCCUGUCCAGCAGCCUGUGACCAACAAGCUAGACAUCGGUUCCUAUGAAUCUGAAUACACUUCCAGUACCUUGCUCCCAUAUGGUAUUAAGUCCUUGCCCCUCCAGACAUCCCAUGCCCUGGGGUAUUACCCUGAUCCAACCUUCCCUGCAAUGGCAGGGUGGGGAGGUCGAGGCGCUUAUCAGAGGAAGAUGGCAGCUGGCCUACCAUGGACAUCCAGAAUGAGCCCCCCUGUGUUCCCAGAAGAUCAGCUUGCCAAGGAAAAAGUCAAAGAAGAAAUCAGUUCCUCCUGGAUAGAAACCCCGCCUUCCAUCAAGUCUCUAGACUCCAACGAUUCAGGGGUGUACAGCAGUGCUUGCAAGAGGAAGCGCCUGUCUCCCAGCACCUCCAGCAAUGGAAAUUCACCCCCCAUAAAGUGUGAGGACAUGAACGCCGAAGAGUACAGUAAAGACACCUCAAAAGGCAUGGGGGCAUAUUAUGCUUUUUACACAACUCCCUAAGGAGUUAUUUUAACCCCUAAUGUUUUCCAGGUGGACCUGGUGGUGUUUUUGUUGUUUUCUUUGCCUAGGUUACCAAAAAGACUUUUACCUUCCACCUUUGAUGUAUCCUGUUUUGUGCAAUUCUCUGAGAGAAGGUGCCAAAGCUUUGCCAUUGCUGCAGGUAACCAACUGAAGCAAACCUAGCAUUCCCCCCCCCCCUUUGUAAAAUAAAGUCAACGGAGGACUCGAAAGUGUUUAAAAAUUCAUAGGCUGUUCAAAGUGCUGGGCUUAUUUAUGGGAAAUGAGAAACAUUCAGAAAAAGCAGGCCAUGAAGAUUGAGUGCCAGGUGCUAUCGAGUGAGUCUAAAAAGCCAAAAGCAAGCAAAACCUUCUGGUUCUCAUUUCUACUUGUAAAUCUUUAAGCAAACAGCAGCCCAGAGUGUUAAGGUAUUUUUGCUUCAGGAAGAGAAGGGCUGGGCCUUGAGCUUCAACUGUGGGCUGUCAUUGCUGUCUUCUGGCAGCGGCUAAAGAGGCUGGCCUGAGCGGCAAGGGGAAAAAAAAAAAAAAAAAAUUACUGGGAAAGUGGCUAGCUAGUCUUAGCUGCCUGUAAUUCCUUGCAGGAUUUUGGAAUAAACCAUUUGUCACAGGGAUGGCCCUGUGUUGCUGGGAUGACCUGUAGAAACCAGAGGGAUCAGAGAGGAAGGGAGAAUUUAAGUGUACAGUUGUGUGUUUAGACACCGUAGAGUAAUCUGGAAUAUAAUGUACAAAUUCAGCUGCCUAGGUAUCAGAGACAAAAUAUGUAAAAUUGGUGCUUUGGCUUUGUAAGGAAUUUGCAGAAACACAACUGCAGGGUUGAGAGGAGCCUCGGUAUCUUGGGUAUUUUGUCCACUUAGUUAAGUACUCAGCUGCCUCUGUACUCACUUCAACCACGCUUAAGGAAAAAAAAAAAUCCUGUUUAAUCCCCUUUCCUUGGUCAUCCCCAUGUCCCCCUUCAGUAAAUGUGGAGAAAUUACAGUCUGAUGCCACAGUUCC